AUUUAUUCAGAGGAAUAACAGAGGGUGGAUCUGUUCCCGGCGAGCAUGCUCACAACCAACCGACUCUCCCAUUAUCCCGCUGCCUAGUUUGGCGCUCCCGUGUACAUGGCUAUUCCGUGUGCAUAUGUGUGUGUGCAAACACGCAUGCAUGCCUGGAUGGACAUACGUAUGCAGAGGUUAUUUUUUAAGGACAAUUCUUUCAAUAAGGUCUUUACCCCUUACUUAAAACAGGUGUUCAUGAAAAAAAUGCACAAAAUCCUGACUGGCCGGAAUAAUUCAUGAAGAAAGGGCUGGAUCCGUGGGUCAGAGCACACAGGACCAGGUUGCCAUCCCAAGGCCGAAGGUCCCCCUCCAGCACAGUCCUUGGAGCGCUUAGGAAUCUCUGACACAUCUCCCCCGUGAUGUUACAGCUGCUGUCUUGACAGGAUUUGAGAAAUAAACCCAGCAGCCCUUGAAGUAGUUCAUGGAGGAACCUCAAAAGACACUGGCCAGGAAAGCUCUGUCCUCCAGAGGGAGGAGCCGUGCAUGAGAGGUGGCAGCUGCAACAGGAGUGGACAUGAACACUGGUUUCCAGAGAGAAGAGCGUUUUAGUUUUGGUCACCGGAAGUGGUGCCUUCAGCACAGAAGAGCGUGAUUUCUCCUCCGAGGCCAUUGAUCUCCAGCACAAGACUACAGGGAAGAAGAGGCUGGGACCAAGCCACCCCUGGAUCCAGUGUAAUAUCUCUUGGGCCAGGACCAGGGAUGACCGGGCCAUGGACACAGAGGUCUCCAACUUUCGGCUUUUCGCAUAGCACACAGGGGACUCGUGGGGGCCACUUGCCACUGCCAACUGAAGCAGUACAAUGGCAAUACUGACAUCCUCCAUGACGUUUUCAUGGCAGACAUCCCAGCGGGAAAGGCUGGUGUGCCUUGUGUCUGCAGAGUAGAGGGCCAUGCCUCGCUAAUAUGAAUAGCUCAAGCUCUGAUGACCUGCUCUGAGUCUACUUGCAGCCAGUGACACUUGCAAAAAACUCCCAAAGCCGUCUUGGCCUUGGCUUCCACACCUCUUGACCAAUGUGGCCAAAGCCGGACACGUCCCGGGGACACGAAGAUUAUUUGUAAAUGCAGCCUGCCCCAAACCUCCCUGAGUAGCAUCUGAAGUCUCUCUGAAGGUCAUGGAUCCUGAACAAAGUGUCAAGGGGAUCAAGAAGGCAGAGGGAAGUCCCCGGAAGCGGCUGACCAAAGGCGAGGCCAUUCAGACCAGUGUUUCUUCCAGCGUCCCAUUCCCAGGCAGCAGCACAGCUGCCACCCAGGAGAGCACCCCUCAGGAGCUCCUAGCCCCGCAGCCCUUCCCGGGCCCCUCGUCCGUUCUUAGGGAAGGCUCUCAGGAGAAAACGGGCCAGCAGCAGAAGCCCCCCAAGAGGCCUCCCAUCGAAGCCUCCGUCCACAUCUCACAACUUCCACAGCACCCUCUGACACCAGCAUUCAUGUCACCUGGAAAACCUGAGCAUCUCCUGGAGGGGUCCACGUGGCAGCUGGUUGACCCCAUGAGACCUGGACCCUCUGGCUCCUUUGUGGCCCCUGGGCUCCACCCACAGAGCCAGCUCCUCCCUUCCCACACCUCCAUCCUUCCUCCAGAGGACCUGCCUGGCAUCCCCAAGGUCUUUGUGCCCCGUCCCUCCCAGGUCUCCCUAAAGCCUACAGAAGAGGCACACAAGAAGGAACGGAAACCCCAGAAGCCUGGCAAGUACAUCUGCCAGUACUGCAGCCGGCCCUGCGCCAAGCCCAGUGUGCUCCAGAAGCACAUCCGCUCACACACUGGUGAGAGGCCCUACCCCUGCGGCCCCUGUGGCUUCUCCUUCAAGACCAAGAGCAACCUCUACAAGCACAGGAAGUCCCAUGCCCACCGUAUCAAAGCUGGCCUGGCCUCUGGCGCGGGCGGUGAGAUGUAUCCCCCUGGGCUGGAAAUAGAGAGGAUCCCUGGGGAGGAGUUUGAGGAGCCCACUGAGGGAGAAAGCACAGACUCUGAAGAGGAAACCAGCACCACAGCCGGUCCCGCUGCAGAGCUCUCUCCAAGACCCAAGCAUCCCCUCCUUUCCAGUGGUUUAUACAGCUCGGGGAGCCACGGUUCCAGCCACGAACGCUGUUCCCUGUCCCAGUCCAGCUCAGCACUGUCACUCGAGGACCCCACUCCAUUUGCAGAGCCCUCAGCCGAGCAUCCCCUGAGCCAUAAACCCGAAGACACCCACACAAUUAAGCAGAAGCUGGCCCUCCGUCUAAGUGAGCGAAAGAAGGUGAUUGAUGAGCAGGCGUUUCUGAGCCCAGGCAGCAAAGGCAGCACUGAGUCCGGGUAUUUCUCACGCUCUGAGAGCGCUGAGCAGCAGGUCAGCCCCCCAAACACCAAUGCUAAGUCCUACGCAGAGAUCAUCUUUGGCAAAUGCGGGCGGAUCGGGCAGCGGACCACCAUGCUGACGGCCACCUCCACCCAGCCACUCCUGCCCCUGUCCACUGAAGACAAGCCCAGCCUGGUGCCUUUGUCUGUGCCCCGGACUCAGGUGAUCGAGCACAUCACAAAGCUCAUCACCAUCAAUGAGGCUGUGGUGGACACCAGCGAGAUUGACAGUGUGAAGCCAAGGAGGAGCUCCCUGACCAGGCGCAGCAGCAUGGAGUCCCCCAAAUCCAGCCUCUACCGGGAGCCCUUGUCGUCCCAUGGUGAGAAGACAAAGCCAGAACAAUCACUGCUGAGCCUCCAGCACCCACCCAGCACCACCCCCCCUGUGCCUCUCCUGAGAAGUCACUCAAUGCCUUCUGCCACCUGCACCAUCAGCACCCCACACCACACCUUCCGUGGUAGCUACUCUUUCGAUGACCACAUCCCUGACUCCGAAGCCCCUAGCCGCAGCAGUCCAGUGUUUACUUCCCACCCCCGGAUGCUGAAGCGCCAGCCAGCCAUUGAACUGCCUUUGGGAGGUGAGUACUGUGCCGAGGAACCUGGACCGAGUAGCAAAGACACAGCCUCCAAGCCCUCUGAUGAUGCAGAGCCCAAGGAAAGUGAACCCACCAAAAAGACCAAGAAAGGGUUGAAAACGAAAGGGGUGAUCUAUGAAUGUACCAUCUGUGGUGCUCGGUACAAGAAAAGGGAUAAUUACGAAGCCCAUAAAAAGUACUACUGCUCAGAGCUCCAGAUUGCAAAGCCCCUCUCUGUAGGUACCCAUGCAACUCCUGAGGCUGAGAAGAGUCAGGCAGAGCAUGAGCCGUGGUCCCAGAUGAUGCAUUAUAAACUGGGGACCACCUUGGAGCUCACUCCACUGAGGAAGAGAAGAAAAGAGAAGAGCCUUGGGGAUGAGGAGGAGCCACCUGCUUUUGAGUCAACAAAAAGUCAGUUUGGCAGCCCUGGGCCGUCUGACAUUGCUCGGAACCUUCCUCUAGAGUCCACCAAGUCACCAGCAGAACCAGGUAAAUCAGCGCCCUCCUUGGAGGGACCCACGGGCUUCCAGCCAAGGACUCCCAAGCCAGGAUCCGGGGCAGAAUCAGGGAAGGAGAGGAGAACAACGUCCAAAGAAAUUUCUGUCAUCCAGCACACCAGCUCCUUUGAGAAAUCUGACCCUCUCGAGCAGCCCAGUGGCCUGGAAGGGGAAGACAAGACUCUGGCCCAGUUUUCAUCCCCACCAUCUGCCCCGCAAGGACGCUCAGCUCACUCCCUGCAGCCCAGGUUGGUCCGCCAACCCAACAUCCAGGUCCCGGAGAUCCUGGUGACUGAGGAGCCCGAUCGUCCUGACACAGAGCCUGAGCCACCCCCAAAGGAACCGGAGAAGACAGAGGAGUUCCAGUGGCCCCAGCGCAGCCAGACACUUGCUCAACUCCCUGCUGAGAAGCUGCCACCCAAGAAGAAGAGGCUGCGCCUGGCAGAGAUGGCCCAGUCCUCGGGAGAGUCCAGUUUCGAGUCGUCUGUGCCGCUAUCUCGCAGCCCGAGCCAGGAAAGCAGUGUUUCUCUGAGUGGGUCCAGCCGCUCAGCCUCAUUCGACAGGGAUGAGCAUGGGAAAGUGGAGACUGCCAGGCCCUCUUCAGACAUACGCUCCAAACCUUUGGGCACCCACAUGCUGACUGUCCCCAGCCACCACCCGCACGCUCGGGAGAUGCGGAGGUCAGCAUCAGAGCAGAGCCCCAACAUUUCCCAUUCUGCCCACAUGACUGAGACACGCAGCAAAUCUUUCGACUAUGGCAGCUUGUCCUUGACAGGCCCUUCUGCCCCAGCCCCUGCAGCUCCCCUGGCCCCAGUGGCCCUGCCAGAGAGAAGAAAAUGCUUUUUGGUGAGACAGGCCUCUCUGAGCAGGCCUCCAGAAACCGAGCCAGAGGCCAGCCCCAAGGGAAGACAGGACACGGAGGAGCUACAGCCUUCAUCCAGCAAACCUUCCACCAAAAGCUUGUUGCCCAGGAUCUCCUCAGCAGCCACCUUGCACAGCGGGCACCUGGGAAGCAAGAGCCAGGUGCAAGACAGGCCCCCGCUGGGGUCCACUCCACCCUACACGGAAGCUCUGCAGGUGCUCCACCACCCUGUCACCCAGCUGCCCCUGCAGGACAAACCAUACCUGCCCCCACCUGUUUCCCUCUUCUCUUUCCAGCACCUCUUGCAGCACGAGCCAGGACAGUCUUCAGAAUUCUUCUCCACACAGGCCGUGUCUGGCCUCCUCUCCUCCCCGUACUCCCUACCCCCGCUCCCUCCCUCCUUAUUCCAGGCCCCACCACUGCCUCUCCAACCCACUGUUCUGCACCCAGGCCAGCUUCCUCUGCCCCAGCUGCUGCCUCACCCAGCCAAUAUCCCCUUCCGGCAACCCCCUUCCUUUCUUCCUAUGCCAUACCCUGCCUCCUCAGCACUCUCUUCUGGCUUCUUCCUGCCUCUGCAAUCCCAGUUUGCACUGCAGCUCCCUAGUGAUGUGGAAAACCGUCUGCCCCCAGUCAAAACCAGCCUGGCCCCACUGGCAACAGGAUCUCCCGGCCCCUCCUGCAGCACAGGGCACAGCAGCAACAUGCAGCUGCCCCCCACAGCUCCUCCAGCCAGCUCCUCAGCACCCACAUCAGCCCCUCCGCUGGCCUUGCCCGCCUGUCCAGACACCGUGGAGUCCCUGGUUGUGCCUGUCCGCAUUCAGACCAACAUGCCAUCCUAUGGGAGUGCAAUGUACACCACCCUUUCUCAGAUCUUGGUCACACAGUCCCACGGCAGUUCAGCCAGUGCACCCCUUCCCAAGGGUGAGGAGCCCCCAUCCAAGGGGUUGACUGUGUGUGGGGCAGAUAUGUAUGAAGCUGGGCCUGGACCGUCUGGGUUAAGUGAAGAGCAAAGCAGAGGUUUCCAGACUCCGUACCUGAGAGUGCCUGUGACAUUGCCUGAAAGGAAAGGUAUGUCCCUGUCAUCAGAGGGUGUCUCAAGCCUGGAGGGAAGUUCAUCGACUGCAGGAGGAAGCAAGCGAGUCCUUUCACCAGCUGGCAGCCUUGAACUUACUAUGGAAACCCAGCAGCAAAAAAGGGUGAAGGAGGAGGAGGCCUCCCAGGCAGAUGACAAACUUGAGCUGGUGAAACCUUGCAGUGUAGUGCUGACCAGCAUGGAGGAUGGGAAGAGGACAGAGAAAUCCCACCUGGGAAGCCAGGGCCAAGGCAGGAGGGACCUGGAAGCACCAUCCAGCCUGUCCUUGAAUCCAACUGACCCAAAGGAGAUUCCUUCCGUCCCUCACCCCACAUUGCCCCAUGGGACAGCCCCAGGCUCAGAAGCUUUGAAGGAAUGCACCCAGCCAUCUGGCAAACCUCAUCGAAGAGGAUUGCCCCCACUGAGUGUAAAGAAAGAAGAUUCCAAGGAACAACUAGACCUCCCUUCCCUGGCACCUCCCAGCUCUCUGCCUCUGUCCCCCAGACCAGCCAAAUUGCAAGAAGGUACGGACUCAAAGAAGGUACUGCAGUUCCCCAGCCUCCACACGACCACUAAUGUCAGUUGGUGCUAUUUAAACUACAUUAAGCCAAAUCACAUCCAGCAUGCAGAUAGGAGGUCCUCUGUUUACGCUGGUUGGUGCAUAAGUUUGUACAACCCCAACCUUCCAGGGGUUUCCACUAAAGCUGCUUUGUCCCUCCUGAGGUCUAAGCAGAAGGUGAGCAAAGAGACAUACACCAUGGCUACAGCUCCACAUCCUGACACAGGAAGGCUUGUGCCAUCGAGCUCCCACAAGCCCCGCAUGACAGAGGUGCACCUCCCGUCACUGGUUUCCCCAGAAGGCCAGAAAGAGGUAGCUAGAGUGGAGAAGGAAGAAGAGAAGCAAGGGAAGCCGGAAGAAGACGCUCCCACCUCCAAGAGAGCGGAGCCGGCGAGGAUCAAAAUCUUCGAAGGAGGGUACAAAUCAAACGAAGAGUAUGUGUAUGUGCGAGGCCGCGGCCGAGGGAAAUAUGUUUGUGAGGAGUGUGGAAUUCGCUGCAAGAAGCCCAGCAUGCUGAAGAAACACAUCCGCACCCACACUGACGUCCGGCCCUAUGUGUGCAAGCACUGUCACUUUGCUUUUAAAACCAAAGGGAAUCUGACUAAGCACAUGAAGUCGAAAGCCCACAGCAAAAAGUGCCAAGAGACAGGGGUGCUGGAGGAGCUGGAAGCCGAGGAAGGAACCAGUGACGACCUGUUCCAGGACUCAGAAGGGCGAGAGGGCUCCGAGGCUGUGGAGGAGCACCAGUUUUCAGACCUGGAGGACUUGGACUCAGACUCAGACCUGGACGAAGACGAGGAUGAGGAUGAGGAGGACAGCCAGGAUGAGCUGUCCCAGCCGUCCUCAGAGGCACCCCCGCCCGGCCCGCCGGCCAUGCUGCAGACAGACCCCUCCCCUGUUCAGAGCCCUCAGCCCCAAGAUGCCACUGCUGACCGUGAGGCCGCAGGAGGCAGCACGGCCUCAGAAGCUGAGCACUUGACAGCCAGCAGCUGCUGCACGUCCAGCCAGAACAUCCUGGGCCUUCCCCAGCUGGGACUGACCCCACUGGGCCCUGUGGAGAAGGACACAGUUUCAGCCCUGAGCUCCACGGCCGUGUCCCCUAGAAGGCCAUGGUCACCAAGCAAAGAAGCAGGAAGCUGCCCACCACUCACCCACAAACACUCAAUAACCAAAAACGACUCAUCUCUCCAGCGGUGUCCCCCGGCCCGAGAGCCGCAGACCUCAGUCGCAAGCACGUCUGGCCCCCAGAUGGGCCCAGGAAGGGACAUGGGCCCUCCUUCUUGUGGGUCUCCAAGACUUGAGCUGGCUCCUCUCAUUCCCUACCCGCUGGGAAGAGAACUACCCCCUCGGGGGCAUCUGCCACCCAAACUUGAGGACACCACGGACCCAGGCCCCUCCAAGCACUCACCCACCAGGAGAUGGUCUCUAGGUCAAGCCGAGUCACCACCAUGGUCAGUGCUGCCAGGGAAGUGGGCCCUGGCUGGGCCAGGCAGCCCCUCUGCGGGCGAGCAUGGCCCAGGCUCGGGGCCAGCUCCUCGGUUUCUCUUCCCAUCUGCGCCUCUACCUCACAAGCUUCUCGGCAGAAGCCCUGAGCCCUGCACCUCCAUUUGGAAGGCUGAGCCCCGAAGUCCGUCCUGCUCUCCUGGCCCUGCUCACCCUCGCUCCUCCCGACUCUUCUCCGCCCCUUCUGACUUCCACGGCCACAUCCCGGGCCGGACAGAGGAGAACGUCUUCAGCCACCUGCCUCUGCACUCCCAGCACCUGGCCCGCACCCCGUGCCCCCUGAUUCCCAUCGGUGGGAUCCAGAUGGUUCAGGCCCGGCCAGGGGCCCACCCCACCCUUCUGCCAGGGCCCUCUGCGGCCUGGGUCAGUGGCUUCUCAGGGGGUGGCAGUGACCUGACAGGGGCCAGAGAGGCCCAGGAGCGAGGCCGCUGGAGUCCCACUGAAAGCUCAUCAGCCUCUGUGUCCCCUGUGGCUAAGGUCUCCAAGUUCACACUCUCCUCGGAGCUAGAGGGCAGGGACUACCCCAAGGAGAGGGAAAGGACAGGCGGAGGCCUGGGCAGACCUCCUGACUGGGAGCCCGCAGAGCCUGCCCCCGCUCAUGGCCCCUGCUUUCCAAGGCCACCCCAGGGCAACCAGGCCACACAGUCCUGGAGCCCCCGCCUGGAGUCACCGCGCACCCCGGCCCGCACCGAGGCCUCUGCCGCCCCUUCACUGGACCGCAGCAGCUCCACGGGCUGCCUGGCUGAGGCCUCUGCUCGCUUCCCAGCCCGGAGGAGGAACCUCUCUGGGGAACCCAGGACCAGGCAGGGCUCCCCCGAGCCCUCAGGUAGUGGGGCGCCCAGGGCAUCUCCACCCCAGCCCAAGGACAGGGACCCCGUGAGCACUUAGUCUCUCUCCAACCGACUCAGCAUCUGGCUUCCAGUGUUCAGCAGCAGACGUUUCUGGCCAACAUCCUCGAGUCACCUUGCUCCCGCGGGCUCCCUUUCCUAUCGUCCAUCUGUCCACGCAGCUUCUGCUCAGCCCAUCUGUUCUAGCUUCCCAUGGAUGCAGUACCUGUGCCUUUUUCUGUACCUUUUGUUGCUUGAAAAGAGAAGAAAUAAUCACACACAUACAUAACAACAAAAUCCGCGAGGAGCUGGGGGCUGCGAAUAGUUUGUGCUUUGGGGGAAAGGCUGUACAAUGGGGGCCUCCUAACCUCCGCCGCAGCAGGCACUUGGCAGCUGUGCCAGCCCCAAGGCCAGACAGCCGUUUGCUGCGGAAAUGGAGAUGCUCUGAGGGAGAAGAACAACAGAGAUGUCACAAAACAGCAUUAAAUGUAGAAGCAAGCACUCCUGUGUACAGAUGUUAACGGUUCCGGUUAUUACUGCUUUAUCCCACCCCAGUGAGUGACCACUCCUCUCUGCCAGCAGAAGGGCCUGUGGCCUGAGGCAGAGGGACACAAAUACAGGCAGAGAGGCCCCCAAAAUCAUCUCCUUUUUUCUUUUAUUCUUUGCAAGAAAGAAAAAUUUUUAAAGCAACUUUGGUAGGAUUUCAACACAAAAUAAUAGGAGCAAGUGGAAGGCAGAAGUGGGGCGUUGGUCUCCAGGGCUCCCAGAUGCCCAGGCAGUCUGAGUUUGGGGCCCAUUGUUGCACUGCACAGGUGGAUAAACCACACCAGCCGUAGCCUCCCUCCUGUCCCUCGAUGCCCUCCUGCGCCAGGAAAGGAGACCUGUGUCCAUCUCCUGCUCCAGACCUCGGCCAGGUCCUCCUGGCUGGCUCUCCUGGCAGUCUCCGCUAUUCUUAGAACUACCCACAGGGUGAUGGAGCUGUUCCCGUGCCUGGCCUUGGGUUCUGCUUCGUGAUCCCUGUGGUCCGAGGGGCCUUCCUUCUUUCGUGGCUGGGCUUUUCCAGUGCUCAGCCCUGGAGGCUCAGUGGACCCAUCUCCAGAGACUCGGUUCCCCACCCCUGCGCCCCAAAGUCAGGUCUCCACUGCCCCACGAAACACCCCAGAUCGUGACUGGUGGAACCUGCUUGGGCCUGUUUGUUGACUUACAUCUCUUUAACAACAAAUUAUAUCUCUAAAUCUAGAAUGAGAGGAUGGUGUUAAGUACUUUCCCUAGCCUCCUCAGAUUCUCUUCUCUCCACCUGAACGAUUUGUAAAUUGUCCCAAGUUUUUUGAAUUUCUCUCCCUUUCCUAGGGCAAAAACCUGCUUUGUAAGAAAAAUAAUGUGACCAGAAACUUAAAUCCAAAUAUGGAACUGGACCUCUAGCAUGUUUACCCCAUGUAAUUAAAUGGAAAAGCAAGCAUGCCUACGUGCAGUUGCCUAUGGUUCUGAUUUCCACCUGGGAGAGAGGAGUUCUUCCCAACCUUCCAGAAUGGUUUAUUUUCCAAAAGGGGGAGGAGGCAGCAGGAGGGGUACUGAUGCCACCUUCCACAGAAGAGGCACCUAUCCGCUUGGUCCCCAGGCCCUAGCCAGGCCGUGUGAGUGGAGGGCUCCUCCUCAGCUCCCAGGCUGUUGACACAGUAAGGUAGGGAGGAUGAGUCACUUGUGAGCAGCUUGUGCUUGACGGUCCUUUCCCCUCCCUCCAGGUCAGGGCCAUUCCCUGCAUGGCCCCUGCUGCAGUAAUAAAUCACCCACAGUCCAGCCUCCAGCCAGACCACCUUGUUUGUUCUCCUUUGCUUUCUCAGAGCUAAGACAAAAGGGGACACUGGGGCAGGACUUCCCUCGAGGUCCACUGGACGCCAAGGUACUGAGGAGUAGGAUGAACCAGUAGCUUCUGGCUGCUUGACUCAGUAUAGGACUGUUGCCUGUACUAGGAGAAGCCAGCCAGCCCACCUUGCACCACACUGGCCCUGUUUGGGGUUGGCGGGAAGUGGGUAGGAGCCCAGCCCCCAGUCUCAGCUUAGGCCAGAAGCCAGGGUUCUUUGCCCCUUGCUUCUCAGCCCUAACCCACAUGCUCUCCGAUUUGAGGGCUGAGGCCUGGGAGCUACCUAAAGAGCACUGCCUCAGCCCUCCCUGGGCUUCCAGCCUUCCUGGGCAAGAUCUUCCAGCCCCAGGCUGCUGGACUAGCUCCUGACUUGGGGGUGGCCACACCCCUCCACCCGCCCUGCGCUCCCAGCUCUCCAGGCCAUCACUCAAACAGCCCACUCACUAAGGUCCCCUUCCUGGGCAGCUUCACCAUGAACAGUACAGCCAGCCGGGGAGAGUCCCCACAGUCCCUGGGGGGCCAAAGGGCUGCUACCCCACACAGGUGCCCAAAGGGACUGUCAGGUCCAGCUUUAAUCCCCUCUUCAGAUUCUGGGCUCAUUCCCCAGGGUAUGGGGCCCCUGUCCACGUGCACACUUUCCUGAUUUGGAAAAAUGUUCUCACCCUAUGUGUGCCCUGCCCGGGGCCCCCAGGCUGGUCCUAGCUACUCUGAAUUUGCAGUCUGCCUGUGAGGCCAUGGACUCCACCCCAGGAAGGGGGCAGCAGUGAUGAUCAGCUAGUGCAGACCCCCGUGCCAAGCUGUUGAGGUGUGUGGAUGGCCACCCUUUCAGACUAGCUCUGUUCAGACUAGCUCUGUUCCUUGGGUAUUGGCAGGUGGGGAGGAAGCAGUUUGCCAAAGUUUCAAGCUAAACCUUGCCUUCUGCUGGGUUCCAAGCCCGUUGUCUCCCAGGCCCGCCUUCCACGAUGCCCUUUAGCCUGGGCAAUCCCACGGAGAUUCUCGGGUUAACAGCCCCCUUCCCCUCAGAGGGUAGGCCUGUGUCCCCUGUAUCCACUCAUGGCUCACACUCUGGUCCCAGCCACUGAGGUCCUCCUGACAACAGCAAGCUGCUCGCCCUCCCACACUCAGACGUCUAUUCAAACAGUCCAAAUGGUUGGCCUACAAGUUAUCUCGGGGCGCUGCUCCAUUCCCAGCCAGUCCUUUGAAGUAGGAAUAAGCAAUAUAUCUGAGCUGAGCUCCUCUCUAGUCCUUGCUCCAGGUGAAUCUUUCUUCAAGCAAAAGUCCUGGCUGAGCAGCCAUCCUAGGAGGCUGAUCUUCCAUGUCACCAGGGAGAGAAAGUUCCCGAAGGCCUGUGCCACAAACUCUGCUUCCGCAUUGUGAUUCCGGUCUGCUUCCCAUUAGAAAACCGUGUCGGCACUUACGAUCACUUUACUAAAUCUAGUGUUAAAGCAAAGACACAGAGAAAAUGAAAAUGUGUAUGUAGGCAAAUGUAAGAUAUACUCUCUCUGUAAGAUAAAUAUUUGCCUUUCUUUCCUAAAAGGUGUAUGUAUUCUGUACGUGAAAUUGUCUGUAGAAAGUUUCUAUGUUCUUAAAUGGCAAUACAUUCCAAAACUUGUACUGUAGAUAUGUACAGCAGUCGUACUGGGAUGGGGUAGUUUUGCUCGUAAUUUUAUUUAAACUCCAGUUUCUACACUUGCAUCUUGCAAUGUUGGUAUAUAUCAGUGCAAAAGAAAAAAAGUUCAACAAAAAAAUCCAUGCAGGUCUAAAGCACAGAGUCUGAUGUACAAAAGGAAAAAUUUGCUCAGUAUUGAUGUGUGUGAUCUUCGUUGUAAAUUACAUCUGUACUGUGAAUGAAGUUUUUACAAGUAUAAUAAUUGCCUUUAUUACAGCUCUGGCUGAGUGGUCAGCCUGAAGAUAUUUUUUAAAAAAAAAUAGCAUGUUGGAAUAAAUUUGAAAGUCCCAACAUA